AUGAUGCUUGAAAUAAGCCAGAAGCUUAAGGAGCCCCCCGCCGUAGUUGUCACUGGAACAUCCACUCCUGCGUUAUCAGGACAUGCUUCCUCGUCGACGGGAGGCACACACGUCGCUGAUCUCCCUGGGAAAGAAAUUGCCGGAGAAGCUCCUUCUGCCACGCCAAUCAUCGUCAAUUUGGAUCCUCCUCUGAAGGAAAACCCAACACCUCGCCUAAGUGACGAGAGUGAAAAACAUUUAGCAAAGAUGGAAGAGCGACUAUGUGUCUUGCAAGGUUACGAGUUAAAAGGAGCUGAUAGGUUAUCUCCAUACACCAAGACGAGCUUUCCUGAGAAUUUUCAGGAGCCUGAGUUCACAAGAAAGUAUGACGGAACGGGAUGCCCAAGGACCCACCUUAGGUAUUACAUGAGAAAAAUGGCUCGCUAUGCUGACAACGUGCCAUUCCUCAUACACACAUUCCAAGAUAGUUUGGAAGGCAUUGCCCUGACGUGGUUCAUUGCGCUAGACAUUGAAGAAUUCACUAGUUGGGACGACUUAACCAAUGAGUUUUUACAACAAUACCGGUUUAACACCGAGCUUGCCCCCACGAGGGAAGAGUUGACUCGCGUUGAGAAGAAGAGGAAUGAGUCAUUCAAGGCCUUCGCGCAAAGGUGGAGGACCAUGGCCUCACAAGUGAAGUCGGCCUUGAAUGAGAGGGAGACGAAGCAGCUGUUCCUUAAGACAUUGCCCUCUGAAUACUUCCAAGGGUUAGUAUUCUCGGGUUACCAAACAUUUUCACAGCUAGUUGAGGUAGGUGAAGGAGUUGAAUGGGCAAUGGUUGAGGGAAAGAUUUCAACCGGAGGCGUGAAGAAAUUCCCAGCAAGAAAAGAUAAGGAGGCCGCAAUUGAAGUAGCACUUGUGCAAGAGCCCUAUUUCCCUCGGUCAACCACAACACCCGCGCACAAGCCUACGAUGGUUCCAGGUAGUUCAUCAUAA